AUGCCAUCGGAGAGGAGCAAUAGCAAGCCAUGUCCCAUCAAAACGGUGGUGGUUUUAGUGCAAGAGAACAGCUCCUUCAAUCACAUGUUGGGAUGGAUGAAGUCCCUCAAUCCUGAAAUAGAUGGCGUUACAGGACAAGAAUACAACUUGUUGUCCACAACCGAUCCCAACUCAAUGCGUAUUUACUUCGGUGAUCGGUCGGAGUUCGUUGACCCCAACCCUGGUCACUCAUUUGAUGCAAUAUACGAGCCAGUGUUCAGCGUCCCAUGGGGGCAGUCAUCUUCUGGUGAUGAUAAGGUUGCGAUGAUGAAUGGGUUUGCUCAGCAGGCAGAGAGCGUACAGAAGGGACUGUCGGAGGUAGUGAUGAAUGGGUUCAGACCAGAAGUGGUGCCGGUUUUCAAGGAGUUGGUGAUGGAGUUUGCUGUGUGCGGCCGGUGGUUCGCGUCGAUUCCGACUCUAACACAGCCCAAUAGGUUGUUUAUUCACUCUGCAACAUCGCAUGGUAUAGUCAACAAUGACACCAAGAAGCUGAUCCAUGGGUUCCCACAGAAGACCAUUUUCGAUUCGCUUGAUGAGGCCGGAUUCUCUUUCCGGAUAUAUUAUCAGUACCCUUCUUCCACACUUCUCUACAGGUGA